CUUCCCCUCCCGCCCGCCCCGCAGGGCGUCUCCCCUGUCCCCCAGCUACUCCCCACCCGUCCCCAGAUUUCCGCAGGUGCAGGCAACACCUCGAUACCCACGAACUCCACCAGGGGCCCGCGUCUCCCCUCCCCCGCCCUUCAGGCGCGCUCCCGCGAGGCCCCGCUACGCCCCGGCCACCCCUGGGUAUCUGGGGGAGUCAGCUCACCUGACCCUUGAGAACUCGGGGACCUUCCAGUAUUUUACCCCCCCGUCACGCGUCUCCCCUCCCCCACCCUUAAGGCGCGCUCGCAUGAGGCCCCGCUACGCCCUGGCCACCCCUGGGUACCUGGGGGAGUCCGCUCACCUGACCCCGAGGACACCUGAGAACCCGCGGACCUUCCCGUGUUUCACCCCCCCAUCCCGCAUCUCCCCUCCCCCGCCCCUCAGGCGCGCUCCCGUGAGGCCCCGCUACGCCCCGGCCACCCCUGAGUAUCUGGGGGAGUCCGCUCACCUGACCCCGAGAACACCUGAGAACUCGGGGACCUUCCGGUAUUUCACUCCCACGUCCCGCGUCCCUUCUCCCCCACCCUUAAGGCGCGCUCACUUGAGACGCCGCUAUGCCCCGACCACCCCCAGUGGUGGCCAGCAGACACAGUCUACACCGAGUGACUCCCGGCCCUCCUCGUGUACUGGCGGCGUCUCCCCCACUUCUCCAGCCACCCCCAGAUCUCUGCGGGAGUCUACUCAGCAGACACAGGGAAGGCCUUGUAACUUAGAGGGCCCCCCAGGUGCCUCCCCCAGGUCUUCUCCUGCUCCAUCCGGAAGCAUCAGGACCACUCCUCUGUCUCCCGGCUGCUGCUCAGUCAUCCCCAGACUUCGGCGGAAGUUAGCCAGACACACUCGGGCAGCGUGUGGAGACUCACAAACUCCAGCACGGGCCUCUCCUGUGCCCCUCAUUUCCACUCCCCCAGGCCCCAGGGAUUCUCCUGUGUCUCUCAGCUGCUCCCCAGCCACCCCCAGAUCGAGUCGGGAGCCUGACCAAGAGACCCAGGCAACAGCUAGUGGUGACUCACAGGUCUCAUAUGUUACCGCUGGGUCUCCUUCCUCUCCCGCAGCCCUCGGGGAUGCUUCUGUGUCACCCAGUCACUCUCCAGACACCCCCAGGUCUCAGCGAGACUCAGCCCAGCAGACACAGGGAACGCCCAGUAGCUCACAGUCUUCACCGGGCGCCUCCAGCGAGUCCUCUGUCUCAUUUUAUGUGACAUUCAACAACUGUCCCAUGUCACCCAGUCACUCUCCAUCCUCCCCCAGGUUUCAAGAGUCAGCCCGCUAUACCCCUGAAAGUUCUGGUAACUCACAGGAGUCUCCACACUCCCCUGUGUCACCAGUCUCCUCACCCUUGGCCCACGGGGACUUUGCUGAGUCACCUAGCUACUCCACCUUCCCUAGAUCGCCGGGGGAGACUGGCCGCCUGACACAGGAAACACCUAUGUGCCGCUACACCUCACUGAGCCCCUUUCCCAUGUCUGAUCUCUUGCCCAGAGUCCUCAGGGACUCUCCCAGACCACCCGGCUACUCUCACACCACCCGUCGGUUUGUGCCGGAGUCAGCCCAUCACCCUGGGGAAGCUCCCCAUGACUCUCAGACCACCCCUGAUGGUUCCCCUCUGCCUGUCACCUGCAUAGUAACAGCUCCCGCAUGUGCCCUCGUGGCCAUACCCUCAUCUUCUGCCUCACUGGGACAACCUCAGGGCAGCCAAGCUACUGCGCCCCAUGACCCUGUGUCUUGUUCCUGCAGAAGAGAUCCUCUUAGCUUUCAUCCUCACCCUCAUGCCUGCCCUUCUAGUUGCUACUGUCACUCAGUGGCUCGCAGAAGAAGCACCUGCAAUGGCCAGUGUCAUCACCCUGGCCGUUGUCCCCCUCAGUGGGGCAGGGUCAUGUCCCUGCCUGCCAAUGCCAGGAUGCACCUGGCUGCCUUCAUGCCUACAGACCACACCAGCAGUGACAGGGCAGGCAUGACCCGCCCUGCCUGGUGGUGACACUGUUGGUGUGAGCACCCAGCGAAAGAUCUCUGGCUUAUAAAUAAGGCCAUUUCCUGUUCUUUAUAUUUCUGCCAUCCACACUGGUUCUGUCUUUCUGCCUUGGUAUAGAAUUUUUUCCUACUCUCUGCUCCCAACUUAGUGCAGCUGCAGUUCAUCGCUGAUGCCCUCCAUGCAAUUAAUCGAUGCAUUUGAAGGGCACGAUUCAAUGGCGCUCAGUGUAUUCCCACCAUUGUGCAACCAUAGCCACAGUCAAUUUUUGAGUUUUUUUAUACCCCCAAAAGAAACCCUGUGUGCAUUAGCAGUUGCUACUUACUCUAUCUUUAACUACCACCUCUACCCUCAGUCCUAGGUCACAAGGAAUCUACUCUCCAUUUCUAUAGAUUGCCUGUUCUUACCAAUGGAGUUUAUAAAUGGAAUUCUGAGUUGUGAAUUUUUGGGACUGACCCUCUCUCACUUAGCAUAGUGUUUUCAAGUUAUCCUCACUGGUGUAUGGACCACAGCUUCAUUCGUUUUUCUGGCAGAAUGACAUCACAUUUUAUGAAUAUGCCACUUGUUAUUACCCAUUUAGCUACUGGCAGACACUAGGUUGCUUCUGCUUUUUGGCUGCUGUGGGUAUUCAUGUCCAAGAUUUCAUGUGGGCGCAUAUUUUUCUCCUGGUACUUACUGGGGAGUGGAAUUGCAAGUCACAUGGAAACCCUGCAUUUACCUUUUUAAGGAAUUUGCAGACUGUUUCACAGAAGGACUGCAGCAACUGGUGUUUCCAUCAGCCUGUAUGAAGGUUGCAGCUUCUCCAUUUCCUAGCCAAGCCGCAAUACUAUCUUUUUUUUUGUCGUUGUUAUAUCCAUUCUAGUGAGUUUGAAGUGGUAUCAAUAUUUUUCACUUGUAGUUCCUGAUUCUAAUGACGCUGAACAUCAUUUCAUGUGCUUGGUGUUCAUUUAUUUAACUUUGGAAAAUGUUUAUUCAAAUCCAUAGCACAAUUUAAAAAUUGGGUUGUCUUUAUUAUUGAAUUGUAAGAAUUAUAUAUAUAUAUAUUCUAAAUACAAAUUGUAUGUCAGAUACAUGAUUUGCAAGUAUUUUCUCCCAUUCUGUAGUUGUCAUGUCACUUUUUUGUUGGUAUUGUUUUAAACACAUUCUAAGUUUUGAUAAUAUAUAAUUUGUUUUUUAUCUCAUGUUUCUUGGUGUCAUAUCUUAAAGAGGCUUUAACUCAAGGUUAUUAAGAUUUAUUCCCAUAUUUUCUUCUAAGAUUUUUAUCUUUUGAAGUUUUACAUUGAUUCACAGUUCAUUUUGAAUUAAUUUGGUGUGUGGUUUGAGCGAGGUAUCCAAUGUUAUUCUUUUACAUAAAGGUAUCCAGUUCUCCCAGUAUGAUUUGUUAACAAGAUAGUCCCUUCUUCCAUUUAAUUGUCUCAGCACACUCUGAAAAUCAAUUGAAUAUAAAUGUAAGGACUUAAUUUUGAACUCUCAGGUUUAUCCCAUUAAUCUGUGGCUUUUAAUCUCGGUACCACAUGGUCAUGUCUAUUGUUUCUUUGACUGCUAGAGUACUUCAAAAAUUCAUGGAGAGUGGAAUUAAACCAUAUUUAUUUUGGUGCAAAAUGGAAAUCCAUGCUUAGUUUCUUCAUAGCUGCAUUUCCAGUAGCCUUUUGAAGACCUCUCAUUUGUUUAAAUACAGGAAGUCUGUGCCAUCCAGUUCCAUUCUUGUUUUGCAAGAUUGUUUCAGUUAUUUGAGGUCCAUUGGAUUUCCAUAUGAACUUUAGGAUUAGUUUGUCAGUUUCUGCAAAAUUGCCAGGUAGGAUUUUGAUCGGAAUGUGUAGAUUGCUUGGGGAAUUAUUACCAUCUUUGCAAAUUAAGUGUUCUUUUUCAUGAACAUGGUAUGUCUUUCCAUUUAUUUAUGUCAUGUAUAAUUUCACCAAUAUUUUAUAGUUUUCAUAGUAUACACAGUACAUUUUUUUGGUCAAAUUUAUUUCUAAGUAUUUUUUUUAUUUUUUAUUUUAUUGUAAACCAGAUUGUUCUCUUUUAAAAUUUUAAUUUAAACAUAAUAAUUAUAAAUAUUUAUGGCAUAUAGUAUGAUAAUUUGAUACAUGUAUACACUGUGCAGUGGUCUCUGUCAAAUCAAGGUAAUUAGAAUUUCCAUCUCCUCAAAUGUUUAUCACUUCCUUGUGUUUAGGAAUCUUAUUAGAACUUUCUUAAUUUCAGUGUUCAGUGUUACUGUAUAUAAAUAUGAUUUAUUUUUGUGUAUUAUCUUAUACCUGGAAACUUUGCGGGACUUGAUUUUUAGUUCACAUUGUUGUUAUAAUGGGUUCUUUAAGGUUGUCUCUAUGCAGAAUAUUCGAGACUCACAGCCUUCCCCAGGUUCCUCUCCUGCAUCCCCCGGAUUCUCUCCAGUGUCUCAGUUACUCUCCAGUCAUCCCCUGGUGUCUUUGGGAAUCAGCCAGGCAGACACAGAAAACACUUGGUAACUCAUUCUUCAUGGUUUUCGCCCCCAGGCUCCUCUCAGUGUUUGUGGCACCCAGUUACUCUCCACCUUCCCUGGGGUUUCUUCAAGAUUCAGCCCACUAUACCCACAAAACCGCUCAUUAGCCAGAGGUUAGGGUUAGGGCUGUUGUCAGAGUUCCUACGUGUAUUUCCAAUUUUCUUCUUUUUCAAGGGAGGGGAGGUGUACCAGGUGACCCCAAGCUGAACACAGGAACAUGACUCACACCCACCUCCAUCUGGACUCUGGGCUGAUCCCAAAGGAGACCUCACACCACAGAGGCCUUUGGGAAAUGUAGUCUGAGCUCCUGGGUCUACACUUCUGCUUCUGGCGAGCACAACUCAGUGGUGGUUUCUUAGGAGAUGGUGAGGCGCAUUGGAGGACCUUAAGAACCAGAGUCAUCUUUAGGUCCUGGUGGGGAAGGGUGGCGUGUGGCAGUUGGAGCCAGGGGAUUUCAACGUUCUGGGCCUGGCUGAGAUACGGUUUCUGGAGGUUGAAGCAUCCCAGGUUGAUGGGGGCGGGCUUGGGCCCCUGCACCUCACACCUGCAGGCCUGGAGCUAUCAGGUUGAGGCCUGCGGCUCCAGCUUUGAGACAGCAUGGCUGUCUUGGAUCCAUGAUACCUUGAAUUCUUUCGGGGUAGCCACCCACCCUCCACUAUACUAAUUCCAGCAUUUUCUGUCCCCGAAGUCAUUUCUGUAAGCAGCUGCAGAAGUUGAUUUUCCUGUUCUCUGUGUAUCCCUUUGAAAGGCAUUAAGCCCUGUACAAGCUGUAAGAUGUUUUGAUGUAAUGUCGUUGGCUGUGUUGCUGUAGUGUCUUGGGCACACACUGGGUGAUGUCCAGUCUUCUGUAUUUUUUUGAAAGAGAGGAAGAGACAGAUCUUCCAUCUGCUGUUUCACUCUCCAAAUGACCACAAUGGCCAGGGCUGAGCCAGACCAAAGCCAGGAGCUUCUUCCGGGUCUCCCACGUGGCUGCAGGGGCCCAAGCACUUGGGCCAUCUUCAGCUUUGCCAGAUGCAUUAGCAGGAAGUUGAGCAGCCGGGACUCAAACCGCUGCCCAGAUAGGGUGCCCGUGUUGCAGGCACUGUUCGCUGCACCACAAUGCUGGUCUUGAUGUCCACACUUCCACGUCAUACCUCUGAGCUCAAAGUCUGGGAGUGUGUCGUGCUUCCCAUGGCUUCCUGGAAGCUGCAGCGAAUGUAUGUGGGUUUGCAGACAGGUGGCUUUGGGCAGCCGCAGUGGGGUGUGCCUUUCUCUCAGCUCUGUAAUGAGGGAGCUCUCUUUGAAGUUGAAGGUAUUUGUUGAUGAAUUGGACAUAGUACAUGAGAAAGAGAAAAACUAAGGAUCACUCCAAAGUAUUUAGCUUGUUCAUUUGAAAGAAGAGAAGUUCCCCUAGAGGUAAAUCUGGAGUUUGGUGUUGCGCUACCAAGUUUGAGAUGCUUUUUAGACGUACAAGUGGAGGUGUCAAGUUGGCAUUGAGUCAUCAGUGUAUAGAUGCUCCUUGAAGCUGAGACUAGAUGUGUUCACCCAGGGGUUGAAUGACCACGAAAAAGAACUGCAUGGACUGAAUCUUGAGGCAGUCCUGACUUAUGGAGAGCAGGCAUAUGAGCGCCCCCUGUGCCAGUCCCAUGCCCGGUGGAGGAAGUAAAUGAGACAAGCCAGCUCAAUUCUCAUGCUGGUUCCGAGGUCUUAGCAAGGGAGGUGCUGUGGAAGGUGGUAACCAGCAACUUAAACCAACUGUUCCUGGAUGCCGGAGUGAAUAAUUUAGUGAAGGGGUGGUGGCAGAGAUUUCAUUUAGAAAAUAAGUUCUUGAAAUGAGUCCAGGGUCAUAAUUCAGCAGGUCCAUGAACUUGAAUGGGAAGAAUAUUUUUACAGGGUCUAAACUUUAAGUAUUUCCUUUAAUUAUAAUGUAGUCAACCAACCACGAUAAUAUUAGGAGUACUUGUGAUUUGUUACCCAUAUGUAUUGUAGACAUUUUUAUGCCAUGUUGUUGUUGAGUGGUAUUGCAGACUAUUUAUAUUUUAGACUCUUAUUUUUAUAUGUUUUAAAAGAUUUAUUUAUUUGAAAGGCAGAAAUACAGGGAGAGAAGCUGGAGGAGAGAGGAGGAGGAAGAGGGAGAGAGAGUUAUCGAUCUUGAAUUUGCUGGUUCAUUCCCAAUCCCCAGGUGGCUGUAAUGGCUGGGACUGGGCCAGGCCAAAGUCAGGAGUCAGGAGCUUCUUCCAGGUCUCCCACAUAGGUGCAGGGGCCCAAGCACUUGGUUCAUCUUCUGCUGCUUUCCCAGGUUCAUUAGCAGGGAGCUGGAUUGGAAGUGGAGCAGCUGGGAUUCAAACCCAUGCCCAUAUGGAAUGCCAGCACUGCAGGUCGGGGCUUCACUGCCUGGGCCCCAGCACUGGCCCCUGUUUAUAUUACAGCAGCUAAAUUCAUACUUCAUAUAUAAGUGUUGAUACAGAAGCACACACUUGGUCCUUUAAUUAUUCUGAAGAUUAUAUUUUAGUAAUUAGCUUUCUGUAAAAUCCUGCAUGUUUCAUUUUCAUUUAAAGCAUUUAUUUUGGAGUAGGCAUUUGUCCCAGUGGUUGAGAUGCCACUUGGAAAGCCCAUGUCCCAUAUUGGAACCCUUGGGUCUGAGAAGAGCCCUGUGUCUCCCUGAGACGUCAGCCACCAGGCCCUCUGCAGACACUUCUGGGGCCUUCCCCUGCCCUCUGCCUCACUCAUGGCUCUCGGGCAGCGGCUGUCCAUCACAGCUUCUCAGGAAGUGCCCCCAAAACCACUGAGCGAUGGCAUUCAGAGGAUGUGAAGCUUGCAGAGACUGGAGCUCUGGGGCUCGGAGGAAGGGCCUUGGACUUGAGCACUUGAGGUCCUUGGAACACACAAGUGAUCGGGCUGCGAACAGUGAAGGUGGACGCAGGGCCUCUGCCCUCCCGUGUCCCUUGGAGUUUGCCCGAGUCUGGAGGCUGUGGAAAUGAAGAAGGCCUGCAUCUUCUGCCUUGGAGCGUCGGGUGACCAGAAUAAAGUGAAGCUGCUCCUGAGCUAGAUGGGACGAGGAGGACUUUGACCUCAAGGCAUGCCAGAGAGCUCUCAUUCUCAGGCCUCCGCCCCUUGCCAAGACAGAGGGACAAGACCGGGUUUCAGGCGGAUCAAGCUUUCUUGUCUCCCCGAGCCACUGACCUUCCAGGAUGUGGCUGUGCUCCUCACUGAGGCAGAGCUGGGGCUGCUGGACUCUGCCCAGAGGAGGCUGUGCCAGGCUGUGAUGCCGGAGAACUGGAACCUGCUCUCCGGCAACGCCCCUUCAAGCUUAGUAAGCUGCUGCAUUCGAAAUAGGACAGGGAGCGGGUGAGCAGGAUGUGCCUCCGCAGCCUGGUUUCUGGAGACACGGAUGCAUAGGAUGUGAAGUGCCUUCAUGACAUAGAAUCAGGGCCGGCGCUGUAGCGUGGCGGGCAAAACCGCCGCUUGCAGUGCCGCCAUCCCGUUUGGGCACUGGUUUGAGACCCGGCAGCUCAACUUCCGAUGCAGCUCUCUGCUGUGGCCUGGGAAAGCAGUGGAAGAUGGCCCAAGUCCUUCGGUCCCUGCACCCGUGUGGGAGACCUGGAAGAAGCUCCUGGCUCCUGGCUUCGGAUUGGUGCAGCUCCAGCGGUUGCGGCCAACUGGGGAGUGAAACAGUGGAACCAGUGGAUGGAAGACCUCUCUCUCUCUCUCUCUGUAACUCUGCCUUUCAAAUAAAUAUAAAUAUUAAAAAAAAAGAAUCAAGGUUCCUUUCACACAGAGCCCUGAGAGAUGGCUUUAGAAGUCCUGAGUGUGCAGAUGGCCUCAGGGACAGUUCCGACCUUCCCGCUCGUCCUCGAGUGCCCGUGAACAAGAAACCCUGGCAGUAUCACGGGUCUGCCAGGGGCUGAGGCCUGGCACCUGUCUCGAUGGAACCCCCUCCCCUAGAAGUCCCAUGACAAAUCCUUUAGGGAUCUGGAACGGGGCCAGGGCUUCAGGCAGGGCACACGCAGGCAGCCUUGUCCCAGAGUCCUGGAGGCAGAGGGCCUGCUGCUGCGACCCCUGGGGGAAGGGGUCAGGUAUGAAUCAGUUCUUAGUCAUCCAGGGGUGCCGGUGGGAAGAAAACGUACACGUGAGGCGUGCGGGCAAGCCCAUCAGAGGGCGCACCUGGUGAGAGGCCGUGGGAAUGCGGUGAGUGGUCAGGGCUUCAGGUCCGCCAGAGGCUACAGGUGGGCCAGGAGCCCACAGGUGCAGGGAGUGUGGCCGGGGCAUCAGUGGGUCCUCUCGGGAGAGAAGCCCCCCGCUGUGGCCAGUGUGGGACGGGGUUUGGCUGCAGCUCCCACCGCGGUGGCCAUCAGGACACACAGGCCUAAGAGGCCCUCCCGGUGCGACGGGUGUGGGAGAGGUUUCGGUCACCGCU